AUGAACAUCUGAGAGGGAAAGACGUGAGAAAAUCGAAACAGACAGAAAUUUCAUCCGUAAACGUGCUUUCCCAUUGUUUUCUUCAGUUCCUAUUCUGCUAAGAACCCGAACUAUUCAGAUUUCAGACCCUCUUGCUCCUGUCCCUGUCUCUGUCUCUGUCUCCAUCUCGUAUUCGGAUCAGAGUAAAGGAGCAGCGAAUUCAUCGUAGGCAGAGAAAGAUAUGCAACCCUGUAGCAGAGAAAUGCAAGGAAUUAACUCUCUCUUAAACCCAACUCAAAUCUCUCUUCAAGACCUCCAUGACCAACAACAACAACAACAGUCACAGAUCCAGAGCUCUCAGAUUCACCACCAGGUCCAGAACUCCCACUUCGACCCCACCUCUCAUGACGACUUCUUGGAGCAAAUGUUCUCCACCAUCCCUCCUCCUUCCUGCUCCUGGUCCGACCUCAACCCCGCCAAGACCCCUGCCGCCUGGGACCUCAAGCCCAGAGACCUCUCCGACGAUACGGCGCCGCUCAACCCUGACAACAACAACAAUGUUGCUUUCCAGUUCGACGAUUCCGCCAACCUCGCUUCCAAGCUCCGCAAUCACCAGAUUAGUGGCUCGGCCAAGUCUGCGGCCGCCGCGGCUGCCAUGAUGCUCCAGCAGCAGCUUUUGAUGUCCAGGGGUGUGGCCGGAGCAGGAGAUUCUGGGCUGAUUCCAAUGCCACUGUCGUUGGGGUCCGCAGACGACAACGUUGAUGGUUCGUCGUCCUUCAAAUCUCCCAACCUGAGAGCCCAUGAUGAUUCUGUUCAGGCUCUGUUUAACGGUUUUGCUGGAUCUAUGCACGGGCCAGGUCAAACACCUAAUCAGACUCAGCAUUUUCACCAUUCUCAGGGCGGACCGGUACAGGGGCAGAACUACGGGUCUCCGGCUGCGGCGAUGAACCAAGCACCGGCAAGUGGUUCGGCCGGAAGUGCGCCGGCUCAGCCUAGACAGAGGGUGAGGGCUCGGCGAGGUCAAGCCACUGACCCACACAGCAUCGCCGAACGAUUACGGAGGGAGAGAAUCGCUGAGCGAAUGAAAGCCCUGCAGGAACUUGUUCCCAAUGCCAACAAGACAGACAAGGCUUCAAUGCUGGAUGAGAUCAUAGAUUACGUGAAAUUCCUCCAGCUUCAAGUCAAGGUUCUGAGCAUGAGCAGAUUGGGCGGUGCAGCCGCUGUUGCUCCCCUUGUUGCCGAUAUGUCACCUGAGGGUGGCGGUGACUGUGUUCAAGCUGGUGGCGGCAAUGGUGGGGCCCAGCGCAACCAAACGGCGUCGUCUAACGACACCCUGAUGGUGACUGAACACCAGGUUGCGAAGCUGAUGGAAGAAGACAUGGGCUCCGCCAUGCAAUACCUUCAGGGAAAGGGUCUCUGCCUCAUGCCCAUUUCCCUGGCCACGGCGAUCUCCACUGCCACAUGUCACUCCAGGAACCCCACCAACCGCCCAGUACUCCAACCCAACGGUGGCGAGGGUCCCUCUUCCCCCAGCAUGUCCGUUUUGACCGUCCAGUCUGCCACCCUCGGUAACGGUACUGUCGACGCCUCCGUCAAGGACUCCACCUCCGUUUCCAAGACGUGAGUUCACGGCGUUGACUGGCUUUUUUGGUUGGGUACGUAAAAGGCAGUUUUUUUAAUAGAGAGGAAGAAGAUGAAGAGAUCAAAGAAAGAAAGAAAGUAGAAAGAUGAUGAAAAGCAGCAAAGAAGUCUACGCAAAUAAGGCCUCGGGGCCCCUCUCAGCUGUAGGAGUUGUUUAAAGAUGCAGUAUUUCCGUAGACUUUUUUGGCUAAAAGCUAACUACACCACAACCACCGCCAUGAACAACCACCAAAUUCCUACAACUCCCCUACCUUUUUUCUUUUUCCAGAAUUAUUUUUCACGUGCAUGCAAAUUUGGUUCUAUUUAAAUAUGUGUUUCAAUUCGAACAUUGUGUAAUGGAUCGACGAUCAGACGAUUUAUAUAAGCAAUAUUCAUGA